AUGUCUGGAAAAGUACACGGUGGUAAAGGCAAGUCUGGAGCCAAAGACGGCUCCCUCAAGUCCCAGUCUCACUCUGCCAGGGCUGGGCUACAGUUUCCCGUGGGAAGAAUCAAGAGAUUCUUGAAGAGAAACGCACAGAACAAAAUCCGUGUUGGUUCCAAGGCCUCCAUCUACCUCGCUGCCGUCCUUGAGUACCUCACUGCCGAAGUCUUGGAACUCGCUGGUAAUGCAGCCAAGGACCUGAAACUCAAGAGAAUCACACCAAGACACUUGCAACUUGCGAUUAGAGGUGAUGAGGAGUUGGAUACUCUUAUUAAGGCCACUAUCGCGUACGGUGGUGUCUUGCCUCACAUCAACAAGGCUCUGUUGCUCAAGGUAGAGCACAAGAAAAAGCACUAA